AGAAGAUCAUCGUCAUUUGCCCUUUUGCUGCUUGGCUGAUUCGCUUCCCUUGCCUGAGUUGCUACACGCUCCUCUCUCUAGUAACUGCCUUCCCACUGUCAACCCGCCAUUAGUGCUCUCUUACAGCCUCCUUUACCCUCGUGGGUACAUUCUGAUCUCAAGCUAUCUCUAUACCUUGUUUGGAAGGAAUCACCAAUCUCUGAGUUCUACAAGAAGUUUCUUAUCCCAAAAUUGAUCAUCUAAGGAAUGGCAAGUCAAGAGAAUGUGAAGCAUCUUGAGGACUGCUCUGUUUCCAACGCAUUGGGGACGUGGGUGUUUUCUGUGGCAGGUGCUUUGAUUGCGAUACCCGUAGGAAUAAAGCGGAAAUCACUUGCACCACUUGUGUUUUUCGGGACUACGGGUACAAUGGUUGAUAUAAUUAUGGGAGUCAGUGCCUGCGAAAGAGAACAUGCGGAACGCCAAAUGAAGAUUCUAGAAGAACAAAAUGCUGCUUCUGUUGCUGCUGUUGAUGUUGCUUCAGAUGAUGUUAUCUAAAGCCUUAAUAAUCAAAGUUUAUGAACUCUCUUGCUCCAAAAAUGAUUUUGAGACCAACUUCCCCUUAAUUAAUUACUUUUGUUUUUGCUUUUGGUUCUUAAAAUAUUUCGAUCGUUCUGUAGAAUAAGUGGAAGGUCUAAGAUUUGACUCGAGACAUCAUCGAUGUCUCUGGGGCAUGUGAUUUACCUCUUAUACGAUGGUUGUGAAAUCACUACGGUGAGAGCGUUUUAGGGAGUGGUGUCGUACAUCUUUUUGGUAGAAUAUUUCAUCAUUUGUGACCUCUCCUAGACUAUCUAAAACAUCCACCAUUAUUUGUUUAUGUA